AUGCCGGGCUUUGACUUCUCAAACUACAACCGCAAUGCCGCGCUACACGCCCGGGGCGUUCCCCUGCCCAAGGCGACGAGCACAGGAACAACCAUUGUGGGGUGCAUAUUCGAGGGUGGUGUAGUCAUCGCGGCCGACACGCGAGCGACAUCGGGGCCCAUCGUGGCGGACAAGAACUGCGAGAAGCUGCAUUACAUCUCGCCCAACAUCUGGUGCGCGGGAGCGGGCACGGCGGCCGACACCGAGUUCACGACGGCGCUGAUCAGCUCGCAGCUGGAGCUGCACUCGCUGUCGACGGGCCGCAAGCCGCGCGUCGUGACAUGCAUGACGAUGCUGAAGCAGCACCUGUUCCGGUACCAAGGCCACAUUGGAGCCUACCUGGUGGUGGCGGGCGUCGACCCCACGGGAACGCACCUGUUCACGGUGCACGCCCACGGGUCCACGGACAAGCUGCCCUACGUGACCAUGGGCUCGGGUUCGCUGGCCGCCAUGUCCGUCUUCGAGACACAGUGGAAGCCCCAGCUCACCCAGGAUGAAGCCGUGGCCCUGUGCAGCGAGGCCAUUCAGUCGGGUAUCUUCAAUGACUUGGGCUCAGGCAGCAACGUCGACGUGGCGAUCAUCACCGAUAAGAAGACGACGCUCAAGCGCAACUACAUCAAGCCCAACGAGCGUGUCCCGAAGCUCAAGAGCUACAUCUUCAAGCGGGGCACCACAGCCGUCUUGAACGAGAAGAUUAUUCGGAAAGAAGAUCUCGGCAACUUUGUUAGCGUGCACGAGCUUGCGGUGGAGGAGACCGGAGACAAGAUGGAGGUAGAUGCUUAG